CUAGAGUACAAUAGCAUUGUCAUGGCUCACUGAAACCUCAGGCUCCUGGGCUUCAGUGAUCCUCCCACCCUGGCCUGCCAAAGUGCUGGGGUUACAGGCACGAGUCACCAUGCUUAGCCAAGGGACUAAGUUUUGCAGUAGUUUUUUAUGCAAUAAAGAACUGAAACCAUAUAUAUUAGGAAAAUGAUAAUUUUGUCUGAGGCUUGCUUCAAAAUAAUCCAGUGGGAAGCGCAUGGGGGAAUGAAUGAAAACUUUGACGUGGUAAUUGUUGAAGCUGGUCAGUGGGUACAAGGAGAUUCAUUAUGUCAUGUUCUCUACUCUUGAAUGUCUUUGAAAAUAAACUUUUUAAAAAUGAUCCUAGAAUACAUCAUAGGAAAAUGAUGUCAAGUAUGUAUAAAUUUACGGUGCAUUUAGACAGGGAAUUCCGUGUGCAGGCAUAUUGUCCCUCAACAAAUGUGAGUUUUGCAGGACCAGACCCUGGGUAAAAACAGUAGGCAAGGUCUCAAACUGUUCGCCUUGGGGGACAACCCAGCUCCUCCCACACACGCCUCAGUGGCCAGCGAAGGCCCAAGACACCGAGAUGCCAAGAAGACCUGCCCAUUUCCUAGAGGGGCCGUCACGGCCCCACAAACCCUCCGCGGGGCGGAGCUAUGACGCGCUUCCGGUCCCGCCGGCCCGCGGUGCGUGGUGCUUUCUCCGGCGUCUAGAGCGGCUCUGACUUACGGUGAAACGUGUGGCCCUAAAGAACCAGAAACCCAAAGAACUAAUAUUCCUGCUCCACAGAGUCCCAUCUUUAGUGAGACUGUUUCUGGAGUUUAUGAUGACCAAGGUACUGGGCAUGGGCACUGUCUUGGGCCCGAGGCCUCCACAGGAGCAGGUGGGGCCCAUGAUUGUGAAAGUUGAGGAGGAGGAGAAAGGGAAGUGCCUUCCUAGCCUGGAGAUGUUCCGUCAGCGCUUUAGGCAAUUUGGGUACCAUGACACUCCAGGGCCCCGGGAGGCCCUGAGCCAACUCCGCGUGCUGUGCUGUGAGUGGCUGAGGCCUGAGAUCCACACCAAGGAGCAGAUCCUGGAGCUGCUGGUGCUGGAGCAGUUCCUGACCAUCCUGCCCCAGGAGCUCCAGGCCUGGGUGCAGGAGCACUGCCCAGAGAGUGCUGAAGAGGCCGUCACUCUCCUCGAAGAUCUGGAGCGAGAACUGGAUGAACCAGGACACCAGGUCUCAACUCCUUCAAGUGAACAGAAACAGGUGUGGGAGAAGAUGUCAUCUUCAGGAACAAUGAAGAAGUCCCCGAGCAGUGUGCAGCCACAGCCUGUGGAGACCAGUCACAAAUAUGAAUCUUGGGGGCCCCUGUACAUCCAAGAGACUGGUGAGGAGCAGGAUUUCACUCAAGAUCCAACAAAGAUUCAAGAUUGUAAGUCACAUACCCAGAAUGAAGAAUCAACCGAUGAGCAGAAAGGUUCUGAAGAAGAAUCUUGUGCAGAUGGACUCAAAAAAGAUAUCAUUCCUGUGAUUAUUGCCAGUAAAUGUGAGGCCAGGUUAGAAAGGCAGCGUGUAAACCUUGAAAAGGAAAGAGGAACAAAAACCCCCCUUCAAGACACAGGCUCCAAGAAAGGUACAGAAUCAGUUCCUACUAAACUUACUCCAAGAGAGAGACGUUAUAUAUGUGCUGAGUGUGGAAAAGCCUUUAGCAAUAGCUCAAAUCUUACCAAACACCGGAGAACACACACUGGGGAGAAACCUUACGUAUGCACCAAGUGUGGGAAAGCUUUCAGCCACAGCUCAAACCUCACGCUUCAUUACAGAACACACUUGGUGGACCGGCCCUAUGACUGUAAGUGUGGGAAAGCCUUCGGGCAGAGCUCAGACCUCCUUAAACACCAGAGGAUGCACACUGAAGAGGCACCAUAUCAGUGCAAAGAUUGUGGAAAGGCUUUCAGUGGUAAGGGCAGCCUCAUUCGACACUACCGAAUCCACACUGGGGAGAAGCCGUAUCAGUGUAAUGAAUGUGGGAAGAGCUUCAGUCAGCAUGCAGGUCUUAGUUCACAUCAGAGACUCCACACCGGAGAGAAGCCAUAUAAAUGUAAGGAGUGUGGGAAGGCCUUCAACCACAGCUCAAAUUUUAAUAAACAUCAUAGAAUCCAUACUGGGGAAAAGCCUUAUUGGUGUAAUCAUUGUGGGAAAACCUUCUGCAGCAAGUCAAAUCUUUCCAAACAUCAGAGAGUCCACACUGGAGAGGGAGAAGCACCGUAACUGUGAAGUAUGCCCUUCUGUUAUUUCGGUUUUUUUAAAUUUCAGAACAUGAAUGCCAGGGAGAAGCCCUGUUAUGAUACGAAUUUCAAUGAUAGAUUUGCUUCACUCAACAUCAAGGAAUAUUUGAGGAGUAAGAGCUCCACAGUAGCAUGGUAGACAGGACGUUCUCAGACAGUGUCAGCAGGUUCCACACUUGCCAGCUGGCUGGGGCAGAGUCCCCACCCACGGUUAGGAUCGAUCCCAGGAGACCCUGCCAGCAUUGCUUUUUGAAUAAACUGAUAUGUAUCCAGUAUAAUUAACUAAGGAAGAAACAUUAAAACUAUUGAACUACUUUAACAUAUAUCCAAGAAUUAUAAUUUGUAAAGAAUUGAGCCACAUUGGACACAAUUUAAUCAGAUUCAGAAUAAACUUGUAACAUCUUGUAA